AUGAGUAAUGUUAUUGUGUGCUGUCUUUUCUAUUCGGUAUUAAUUAUAAUAACUACAUCAUCAACAACUUCCACUACUAAAGCUCCUUUAUAUACAAUCGAAGGACAAAUCGUCUUGCCGCCUGAUGAAAAUAAUCUUGGCAAUAUACGUAUACUGGUUGAUGAAGGGCUAUAUAUCGGUGUACCACACGUCGAUGGGACUUUUACCAUAUCGGGGGUGCCAAGUGGCUCAUACAUUGUUUCAGUUAAUUCACCAUUUCAUAUUUUCGAACCAGUACGUAUCGAUAUAAAUAAGAAGGGAAAAAUUCGUGCACGCGCAGUCAAUUUUAUUGAACCAGGCAAAGUUACUACAAAGAAAUAUCCACUGCGUUUCGAAGUACACAGCAAACCAAAUUAUUUUCAAAAACGCGAAGUCUAUCGUGUGACUGAUCUAUUUUCGAAUCCACUUGUUCUUCAAGCAACUUUACUAGUGGUUUCACUUCUGCUCCUACCAAAAUUAAUGCCGCAAGGAGAAGAUUUACAAGGUGCUUUACAACAAACCAAUGGCCUUUUUCAACCAAACCCAAAUAUGCCUGAUAUUACCGAUUGGUUCAUUCGAUUGUUUGGUGCUCCCACUAGACAGCGGCCAGCACGUAAUUAG